CCUCGAACCCGCGCCCGGGGCCAUGCCCGUCAUGAAGGGGUUGUUGGCCCCGCAAAACACCUUCCUGGACACGAUCGCCACCCGCUUCGACGGCACGCACAGCAAUUUCUUGCUGGCCAACGCUCAGGGCCCACGGGGCUUCCCCAUCGUCUACUGCUCUGACGGCUUCUGUGAGCUCACCGGCUACGGCCGCACAGAGGUCAUGCAGAAAACCUGCAGCUGCCGUUUCCUCUACGGCCCGGAGACAAGCGAGCCCGCCCUGCAACGGCUGCACAAGGCCCUGGAGGGCCACCAGGAGCACCGGACUGAAAUCUGCUUCUAUCGCAAGGAUGGCUCAGCCUUCUGGUGCCUCCUGGACAUGCUGCCCAUCAAGAAUGAGAUGGGAGAGGUGGUGCUAUUCCUCUUCUCCUUCAAGGACAUCACUCAGCGUGGGGGCCCAGGACUGGGCUCCUCGACAGGCCAUGGGGACAGUAAUCAUGAAAACUCCCUGGGCAGGAGGGGACCCAGCUUGAAAUUUCGGUCGGCCAGGAGACAGAGCCGUACCGUCCUACACCGACUGACUGGUCAUUUUGGGCGCCAGGGCCAGGGAGGCAUGAAGACCAAUAACAACGUGUUCGAACCAAAGCCAUCCGUGCCAGAGUACAAGGUGGCCUCUGUGGGGGGGUCCCGCUGCCUCCUCCUCCACUACAGCAUCCCCAAGGCCGUCUGGGACGGCCUCAUCCUCCUCGCCACCUUCUACGUUGCGGUCACUGUCCCCUACAACGUCUGCUUCUCGGGCGAUGACGACACCCCCAUCACUUCCCGACACACGCUCGUCAGCGACAUUGCUGUAGAGGUGCUCUUCAUUCUGGAUAUUAUUCUGAACUUCCGCACCACCUAUGUGUCCCAGUCCGGCCAAGUCGUUUCUGCUCCUCGCUCCAUUGGCCUCCACUAUCUGGCCACUUGGUUCUUCGUGGACCUUAUCGCUGCACUGCCCUUUGACCUGCUUUACAUCUUCAACAUCACCGUGACCUCGCUGGUGCACCUGCUGAAGACGGUGCGGCUGCUGCGGCUGCUGCGGCUGCUGCAGAAGCUGGAGCGCUACUCCCAGUGCAGCGCGGUGGUGCUCACGCUGCUCAUGUCCGUGUUUGCACUCCUUGCCCACUGGAUGGCUUGCGUCUGGUACGUGAUCGGGCGCCGAGAGAUGGAGGCCAACGACCCGCUGCUCUGGGACAUUGGGUGGCUGCACGAGCUGGGCAAGCGGCUGGAGGUGCCCUACGUCAACGGCUCGGCCGGCGGCCCUUCCCGGCGCAGCGCCUACAUCGCCGCGCUCUACUUCACGCUGAGCAGUCUCACCAGCGUGGGCUUCGGCAACGUCUGCGCCAACACGGACGCCGAAAAGAUCUUCUCCAUCUGCACCAUGCUCAUAGGCGCGCUGAUGCACGCCGUGGUGUUCGGGAACGUGACGGCCAUCAUCCAGCGCAUGUACUCGCGCCGCUCGCUCUACCACAGCCGCAUGAAGGAUCUCAAGGAUUUCAUCCGCGUGCACCACCUGCCCAGGCCGCUCAAACAGCGCAUGCUCGAGUACUUCCAGACCACGUGGGCCGUCAACAGUGGCAUCGACGCCAACGAGUUACUGCGUGACUUCCCAGACGAGCUGAGAGCUGACAUUGCUAUGCACCUGAAUCGGGAGAUCCUGCAGUUACCACUGUUUGGAGCAGCAAGCAGGGGCUGCCUGCGGGCCCUCUCUCUGCACAUCAAGACCUCGUUCUGCGCACCGGGCGAAUACUUGUUACGCCGUGGAGAUGCCCUGCAGGCACACUACUACGUCUGCUCUGGCUCCCUGGAGGUGCUCCGAGACAAUACGGUGCUGGCCAUCCUGGGGAAGGGGGACCUGAUUGGGGCAGAUAUCCCUGAGGCGGGGUCAGGGGCAGGCCCAAGCUGCGUGCUGAAGACCAGCGCUGAUGUGAAGGCGCUGACCUACUGUGGCCUGCAGCAGCUGAGCAGCCGAGGGCUGGCCGAGGUCCUGAGACUCUACCCUGAGUAUGGCGCUGCCUUCCGGGCUGGCCUGCCCCGGGACCUCACCUUCAACCUGCGCCAGGGCUCUGACACUAAUGGCCUCAGCCGCUUUGCCCGGUCCCCUCGCCUCUCACAGUCCCACUCGGAAAGACUCGGCUCCUCCUCAGACAAGACCUUGCCGUCCAUCACAGAGGCUGAGGGUGGGGCAGAGCCAGGGGCUGGUUCCAGACCCCGCAGGCCCCUCCUGCUGCCCAACCUCAGCCCAGCACGGCCUCGGCCUCGAGGCUCCCUGGUCAGCCUUCUGGGCGAGGAGCUGCCCCCUUUCUCAGCCCUUGUCUCCUCCCCCUCCCUGUCCUCCUCCUCUUCCCCUGCCCUGGCUGGCCAGGGCCGCAGCCCCUCCCCACAUGGCCCUCCCAGGGGCUCGGCUGCCUGGAAGCCCCCACAACUGCUCAUUCCUCCACUGGGAACAUUCGGACCUCCAGACCUCAGUCCCCGGAUAGUGGACGGCAUCGAGGACUCUGGCCACACCGCAGAGGCCCCCACCUUCCGCUUCAGCAGGAAGGCUGAGGCACCCAGGCUCCACCCACAGGUCCCUCCUCCCGGGACCAGGCCCAGCCAGGAGCUGGCCACUGAGGCUGAAGAGGUGAAGGAGAAGGUGUGCAGGCUGAACCAGGAGAUCUCCCGGCUCAACCAGGAAGUGUCUCAGCUCAGCCAGGAGCUCCGGCACAUGAUGAGCCUACUGCAAGCCAGGCUGGGUCCCCCGGUCUCCUCCACAGCUGGGCCUUCAGAGAUCCCCGUUGUUCCUUGCCCCCAGCCAAGGCCACCUGGCCUCUUUCCCCAUCUUUCUGGACCACCACCCAAUCUCCAGGAUACUACACUUGCUGAAGUCCACUGCCCGGCCAGUGUGGGGACAGUCGAGAUAGGGGUUGCUGCCCCAGCCUCUAGGUCCCCUAGGCUGUCUCCCUGUCCCUCUCAGCCAGACCCUCUGGGACCCUCCCCAGUACCAGAGGCCUCACCUUCAGCCCCAAGCCUCAGAUCCAGAGCAGACACUUUCCACUGACACCGGCCCUGGGCCCACAACUGCCUGGGGUGGGCACUGCUGCCUGUCACUCAGGGAAGAGCUGGGCCCCUUGGCCUCUUGCCUCAGGGUCAGCAGCCACCAGCUGGCCUGGUGCACUCUGCUGGAUUCUCUGGACUCGUAGACAAAGCAUGGUCACCCUGACUCUGCUCCCUUCCCCCAACCUUCCCUUUUCCUCCUCUGUGAGGGGAGCCGGCCAAGGCCUGUGGGAGCCCGCAGGCGGGGGAUUGGACUCCGGUGCCCACCGGGCUGGAAGACGAGGGUGCUACUUCCGCCCCAGGACUUGGAGGCAGGCUGUCUCAGGGCAGUCUCUUCUGCCAGCAACUUGGAAACCAGUCCCUGCAGCACUCUCUCCCCACCGCUGCCCCUGGCCUCAGCCUAGCCCGUCCUCCCCUCAUGGUCGCACUCAGGGCCCUGACUUCUUGCACACGCCUCAUGGCUCCCGGCUCCCACGGCCCUCAAUCCUGGCCUCAAUUUUGGAUGAGAAAUAAACUUUAUUUUUGUA